AUUGCGCGAAUGGAUAUUGAAACGUUCAAAUGUUAAAAUACUGUUUACUAUUUUGCCUGCUCCUUGCCGGUAGCAAUCUGGUUAAUGGCAAGAGGAUAGCAAAGUUGACAGCCAAGCGGUUGGAGAAGAUAUCAAAGUCAGGUAGUGUCUUUGAUAGUCGUGUUAUAAAUGGCAUCGAUGCCACCGUGGGUCUAGCACCCUAUCAAAUCUCCCUGCAGUCCACAUUCGGAGAGCACAUGUGCGGAGGAGCAAUCGUCGAUGAGCAUUACAUUCUGACAGCUGCUCAUUGUGUCUAUGGCUAUAAUCCUCUGUAUCUAAAAGUCGUGACGGGGACUAUACUGUGGCAGGAGCCGGGUGCCAAAUAUGAUGUGGAGGAGUUUUGGGUGCAUUGCAAUUAUAAUACUCCCGACUAUCACAAUGAUAUUGCAAUAAUACGUGUGACACAACCAAUUGUUUUUAAUGAGUAUACAAAGCCGGUGAUUCUACCCGAUGUUCCACUGGCGAAUGCAUCGAAAGUGUUGUUAACAGGCUGGGGUUCGACAGUAUUGUUCGGCGAUACUCCAGAUGUUCUCCAGCAGGCGACCCUGACCUAUAUAGACUAUCCCUCAUGUCAGGAAGAAAUGGGCGGCGAUGAUGACAAUGGAGUCGGGCAUAUUUGCACCCUUACGGACGAGGGAGUGGGCGCUUGUCAUGGCGACUCUGGCGGUCCGUUAGCGAUCGAUGGCGUUUUGGUUGGCCUCGUCAACUGGGGAAUGCCAUGUGCAAUUGGCUAUCCAGAUAGUUUUGCUUCAGUACAUUUCUAUCGGGACUGGAUCAGACGCACCAUGGCCGAAUCAAGUUGCAAGUCGUGUCAUUGCUAUGCCAGCAACUAUGACUAGUGAUCAUCAAAUAACACCCAAGUCAUUCAAUUAUGUCAGGCAAAUCAUUUUUAAAAUAAAGUUGUAUAAUAGGAGGAA